AUGGGCGAAAAAGCCGAUCGUACACUAACGCUUCUUCAUCUGAGGAAAACGUUCAGCGAGUACAUGCGGAUACCUCUUUCUGGAUCCAAGGAUGUCGAUCCAAAUAGAUUGCUACCUUUAUUCACGAAGGUUAUGGCGAUGUUUACGCCAGCUGAGCUGAAGGUCGAAUUUAAGGAGAUUCUGAAUUUUACUACAUUCCUAAGCAGUGUAUUAGUGAGAGAAAUUAGGCAGAGAGCGUCUAGUCAUGGUACAGUUGAUGCGGCAGCGAGUAUCGCUGAGUAUCUCCAGCCGUCUUCUUCUCAGAAAGGGUGGCUGUUGCUGAACUCCAUCUAUUUCUUGAUAUCCACAGACGAUGAAGUCAUCGUCAACUCGGUCUGCAAGGUGUCACUGCCUAGCACAUUGGUGAAGACAAUUUAUCUAUUUUUUGAUCUCCCUGCCAAUAAUGAGUUGCACGAACCACGAACGAAGUUGAACGAGUUGCUGACAUGCCUGCUGGAUAGGCUUUGCUCGUUCAAGUACGUUAGUGAAGAGCUGGCCAAAAAGGACGAUUUACUGUUGCUCUUUAUUGGUGCGUCAUCGUCUGUACCAUCCGAGAACAUAAUAUGGCGGAAGUCCACUGCACGCAUCCUCGAGGCAUUAUCCGCUAAGGUAAGCCAAGAUUAG